AUGGGAUCCACAUCGCAGAAACAGGCUCCGGUCCACGCAGCAAGUGGUCCGGCCGUCAGUCCAAAAAUCCUUGGAGUCGACGUGAAUACUGUUCGUUUACUCCUUCAAGUAAUUAUUUUCAUAUCAAUUGCCGGUGCUUCAAUUUCUUCACGGUUAUUUUCUGUAAUUCGUUUUGAAUCAAUCAUUCAUGAGUUUGACCCUUGGUUCAAUUUCCGUGCCACCAAGUACCUUGUCACCCAUUCAUACUAUGAAUUUUUGAAUUGGUUUGAUGAUAGAACUUGGUACCCUCUUGGAAGAGUCACAGGUGGUACUCUUUAUCCAGGUCUUAUGGUUACUUCUGGAGUUAUCUGGCACACUCUCCGUGAAUGGUUUGCUCUUCCUAUCGACAUUAGAAACAUCUGUGUCUUGCUUGCACCAGCCUUUUCUGGCCUUACCGCCAUUUCCACUUAUUUUUUCACCAAGGAGAUCAAAGAUUCUAAUGCUGGUCUUCUUGCUGCUAUCUUCAUGGGUAUUGCUCCUGGUUAUAUUUCUAGAUCGGUGGCAGGUUCCUAUGAUAAUGAAGCCAUUGCAAUCACUCUUUUGAUGGCUACCUUUUAUUUUUGGAUCAAGGCCAUGAAAUUGGGUUCUGUCUUUUAUGGUACUUUAACCGCCUUGUUUUAUUUCUACAUGGUAAGUGCUUGGGGUGGGUACGUUUUCAUUACCAAUUUAAUCCCAUUACAUAUCUUUGUAUUGAUUUUAAUGGGUCGUUACUCUCACAAGCUUUAUACCGCCUACACUACUUGGUAUGCCUUGGGAACUUUAGCUUCCAUGCAAAUCCCAUUCGUUGGUUUCUUACCAAUCAGAUCGAAUGAUCACAUGGCAGCCUUGGGUGUCUUUGGUUUAUUACAAUUGGUUGCCGUAGGUGAUUAUGUUAAAUCUCAAAUUCCUUCCAAGCAAUUUAAAUCAUUUUUGGUUAUCUCAAUGAUUGUUAUAACUAUCUUGGGUAUUUCCGGCUUAGUUGCCUUGACUGCUUUGGGUUGGAUUGCACCAUGGACUGGUCGUUUCUAUUCCUUAUGGGACACAAACUAUGCCAAGAUUCAUAUCCCAAUCAUUGCCUCAGUUUCUGAACAUCAACCUACUGCUUGGCCAGCAUUUUUCUUUGACACUAACAUGUUGAUCUGGUUAUUCCCAGCUGGUGUUUAUUUAUGUUUCCAAGACUUGAAGAAUGAAGAUGUCUUUGUCAUUAUUUAUUCUGUUUUGUGUUCAUAUUUUGCUGGUGUUAUGGUUAGAUUAAUGCUUACUUUGACUCCAAUUAUUUGUGCUGCUGGUGCCAUUGCCUUAUCUAAGGUUUUGGAUGUUUACAUGGAUCUUAGUGAUGUUUUGCAAGGAAAUGAUGUUGUUGAAGAUGAUGUUAAAGAAACCAAGUCAAAGAAACUGUCCAACAACUCUGGUAAAGAUAAGAAUAUCGUAUGGAAAUUAUUAUCCAAAUUUGCAGUUCUUAUGACUUUCGCCUUUUAUCUUUUCUACUUUGUUUACCAUUGUACUUGGGUCACUUCCAACGCUUACUCUUCUCCUUCUGUUGUUUUGGCCCUGAAGAACGCUGAUGGUUCUCAAAACAUCAUUGAUGAUUUUAGAGAAGCUUACUAUUGGUUACGUAUGAACACCCCAGAAGAUGCCAAGGUUAUGGCAUGGUGGGAUUAUGGUUACCAAAUCGGAGGAAUGGCCGACCGUACCACUUUGGUGGACAACAACACUUGGAAUAAUACCCACAUUGCCACCGUUGGUAAGGCUAUGUGUUCCAAUGAAGAAGAUUCCUACAAGAUUUUGAAACAACAUGAUGUAGAUUAUGUGUUGGUAAUCUUUGGAGGUUUAUUGGGAUAUUCUGGUGAUGAUCUCAAUAAAUUCUUAUGGAUGGUGAGAAUUUCAGAAGGUAUUUGGCCAGAUGAUGUCCAAGAAAGAAACUUCUUCAGUGACAGAGGUGAAUAUAAGAUGGAUCAUGAAGCAUCCACCACCAUGAGAGAAUCCUUGAUGUACAAGAUGUCAUACUACAGAUUCAAUGAGUUGUAUAACGGUAGAGAUGGAAUGGAUCGUGUUAGAAACCAAGUUAUUCCUGCAGCCAUGGCUCCUGAAUUAAACGUGAUUGAAGAAGCUUUCACUUCUCAAAACUGGAUUGUUAGACUUUAUAAGGUUAAGGAUUUGGAUAACCUUGGAAGAGAUCUUCAUUCUGCUACUAAGUUUGAAAAUCAAGAAAAAUCUGCCAAGAGACAGAGAAGCAUGAAAAAACCAUCUAUAGAAUUACGUGAGUAA